GAAACCAGUUAGAUAUAAUGGUUUAUAUCGACCAAACGACCGAAAUUACAGAUAUACAUUUUAAUAAUUUUUCUAAAUCAGAAUUUUUAUCGGAUAUAUCAUUUACAGCAUUUCUAACUACCUCGAUAAAUCCAACUCCAACCUUUCGUGUGUAG